UUUUACCAGGCCGCAGCAGGGAGGGCAUUGAGGGAGUUGCCUCACUCUCCGCGUGUCCACUAGCCUGAUACGUCCGUUCUUCCCUAACGGGUGUCCCCUGGGCGUCUGUCGGGGCCCCAACCUCUGCGCCAGCUCUCCGUCUUUAACAACUCGGACGCGGGAUCCUGGGCUUUGUGUGAAUUUUUCUCGGGUAAAACUGAGGCUCGGAGUGCGGAAGUCAGCCGACGUCACCCCGUCCGAGACGGAGAAGGGCCAAGGUUCGGUCGAGCCCAUCGGAUCUUGGGCCCCGCUCGGUCCACAAGGUCCCAGGAUGGCAGCGUCUUGGACGGAGCCGGCGCAGGUGUCUGUGACCUUUGAGGAUGUGGCUGUGACAUUUACCCAGGAGGAGUGGGGGCAGCUGGACUUGACCCAGAGGACCUUGUACCAGGAAGUGAUGCUGGAGACUUGUGGGCAUCUAGUCUCUCUGGGUUGUCCUCUGUCCCAACCAGAGUCAAUCUGCAAGGUGGAGCACAGCGAGGACUUAACAGCAGUGGAGGAAGAUCUCUCCCAAAGUUUCUGUGCAGGUGAUAACACCAAACCCAUGACCUCAGAGCAUGCCCUUCUUCACCUAGACAUGCCUGAGGAAGUCUCACUCCAGGAACAACUGACACAGGGAACCUCAUGGGACCCCCAGCUGGGAGAAGCCCAGGAUCAGGAUGUGUCACUUGAAAUGCAGGAAGUCCACUGGAGACCAGAAAUGGACCCAGAGAGAGAGAAGCUGCCUUGGAAAAUGAGCCCUGAGCAUGAUGUUUUAGGGACAGAUAAUGGUUUAUGUUCAAUGAUUAUACAGGAACAAGUCUCUCCGGAAGGUGGUCUCUGGGUAUGUGACUCCUGUGGAGCAGUUUCAUAUCCCCUAAUUCAUGAAGGGGAAAAUUCUUAUAAAUGUGAGGAAUGUGGGAAUGAGUUUAACAAAAAUUGGCUCCUUUUUCAACAUGAGCAGAUUCACAUUCGAGUAAAGCCCUAUGAUUGCACAGAAUGUGGGAAAGCCUUUAGCAAGAGCAAACACCUCCUUCAGCACCACAUCAUCCAUACAGGGGAGAAGCCCUACCGGUGCCUGGAGUGUGGGAAGAACUUCAAUCGCAGGUCUCACCUUACACGACACCAGCAAAUUCACUCUGGAGAGAAGCCUUUUGAAUGUAGUGAGUGUGCAAAGGCCUUCAACCGUAGGUCACACCUUACACGGCACCUGCGGAUUCACUCUGGAGAGAAACCUUAUGUGUGCAAUGAAUGUGGAAGGGCCUUUACCUACCGCUCCAAUUUUGUUUUGCAUAGCAGGAUCCACACUGGAAAAAAACCCUUUGAGUGCAGUGAAUGUGGGAAAGGCUUUUGUGAGAGUACAGAUCUCAUUCAACACUACGUCAUCCACACUGGGGAGAAGCCCUAUAAGUGCAUGGAGUGUGGAAAGUCCUUCAACUGCAGGUCACACCUCAGGCAGCACCAGAGGAUUCACACUGGGGAGAAGCCUUAUGUGUGCAAUGAAUGUGGAAGGGCCUUCACCCACUACUCCACUUUUAUCCUGCAUAUACGGGCCCAUACUGGAGAAAAACCUUUUGAUUGCAAAGUAUGUGGAAAAGCCUUUAGCAUUGGGAAAGAUCUUAUUCGCCACUUCAGCAUCCACACUGGAGAGAAGCCCUAUGAAUGCCUAGAGUGUGGAAAGGCCUUUACCCGCAUGUCGGGCCUUAGGAGGCACCAGCGGGUUCAUACUGGAGAGAAGCCUUAUCAGUGCAUCGAGUGUGGGAAAGCCUUUUGUCGGAGCACAAACCUUAUUCGACACUUUAGCAUCCACACUGGAGAGAAACCAUAUGAGUGUGUGGAUUGUGGGAAAGCUUUCAACCGCAGGUCACCCCUUGCAAGGCAUCAGCGCAUUCACAAUGGAGAAAAGCCCUAUCAACGCAUCAAGAGUCAGAAAGUUUCUUGCCAGAGUGAAAACCUCAUUCAACACUCCAUCAUUCACACUGAAAGUAGUCCUAUGAAUGCAGUGAAAGUGGAACAGCCUUCAGACGAAGCUCAUUCCUCUCUCUGCAUCGAAGGGUGUGUGCUGGAUGAAACCCUACCAGUGUAACAGACAUGGGAAGACCUUCUACAAGUGUUCAAACUUCAAUCAACAUACAAGAACUCUGUUAGGGAAAUAUUUUUUAGUAUAACUAUUGAAGAAAAUCUGUGGUGAAAGGAAACUUCUUACUCAACAUCUGGCCAUGCCAUUCACACUGAAGAGAAACUUCUUAAGUGCUAUUUUUAUGGAAAACCUGUUGGAGAUCCUCAAUUGCCAUCUAAAGAAUCAUAUUAGAAAUUGACCCAGCCUAGAGUCUUAUGUGUCUGAGAAUUCACCAUUGAGAGAGAUCUAGACCUUUGGCAGCCAUAGUUGGAAGUGUCCGUAAUGUUAACUCCAAAAUUGCCAUGGCACAGCCAGAUGCAGUGUGUCAUACCUGUAAUAGCAGCAUCUUGGGAGGCUAUGCCAAGAUGAUAGCUUGAGGCCAGGAUUUCAAGACUAGCCUGGGCAACAUAGUA